AUGGCAGCGGCUCAGGUUCCCAAAACGCAAAAGGCUGCCAUCUAUGACAACCCGGGGACCAUCUCCACAAGGGUCGUGGAAGUCGGUGUCCCGGAGCCCGGCGAGGGCGAAGUCCUAGUUCGCCUCUCGCAUUCUGGCAUCUGCCAUUCAGACCUGAGUGUAAUGAUGAACAGCUGGAAAACCCUUCCGUAUCCCACACAGGCUGGACAGAUUGGAGGCCAUGAAGGUGUUGGCGAGGUGGUGAAAUUUGGCCCUGGAACCUCGGAGGCAUACGGGCUUAGUAUUGGUUCCAGAGUUGGAAUCAAGUGGAUUGCCAACAUCUGCGGGCAGUGCGCACCGUGCCGGGAAGGUGUUGAUAACCUCUGCUUCAAGCAGACAAUCUCCGGAUACUAUAGUCCAGGCACCUUUCAGCAAUAUGUAACAAGCCCCGCACAUUACGUCACACCUAUCCCCGACGGAGUACCAUCCGAGGAGGCAGCACCUCUCCUCUGCGCUGGUCUAACAGUAUACGCUGCCCUAAAACGAACCAAGGCCCAGCCCGGGGAGUGGGUCGUGAUCUCCGGAGCAGGUGGUGGGCUUGGACACCUAGCUGUUCAGAUUGCGAGCAGAGGUAUGGGCCUCCGCGUUAUUGGCAUUGACCAUGGAUCCAAAGAAGAGAUUGCUAGAAUAUCAGGCGCCGAGCACUUUAUAGACGUCACCGAGUACGGGAGUGAUGAUGAGCACAAGGCCAUCGCUGCCGCAGUCAAAUCACUCACGACUGAUGGGCUUGGAGUGCACGGGGUGGUCGUGUGCGUCGCGUCAAACGUGGCGUACGCACAGGCAUUGCUGUUCCUGCGCUUCAACGGGACGAUGGUCUGCGUCGGGGUACCAGAGCACGAGCCUCGCGCGAUAGCAACGGCAUUCCCAGCGUUGCUGAUGGGGGCGCAUUUGAAUGCAACAGGGUCGUCUGUUGGGACUCAGAGGGAUGCCAUCCAGACGCUCGAGUUUGCAUCGCGGGGUAUAAUCAAGGCCAGCUUCCGGACAAUCAAGUUGGAGGGGUUGAGAAAAGUGUUUGAGGAAAUGCAGGCAGGCAAACUGCAGUGGAGAGUAGUCAUUGAUCUGUCCUAG